GGCGGGGGUGAGGCGGAAGCGGCCGGGGCGGGGGCGCGGGCCCGGCAGCCACAGGCCGGUGCGGGAUGCGCCCCGCAGCCGCGCCGCGUGCGCCCGGCAGAGGCGGCCCUGCGUGCCGUACGCUGCGUCCGGGGCGCGCCCGCCGCUAUUCGGGAAGCUAUUCAGCUUCCCGGGCUCAUUAGCAGUCGCGGUGUGCGGCUCGGCGCGGGCUCACAAAGAGCUCGGCCUCGCGGACGGAGCCGGCGGCGGCGGGGCGGGGACGGCGGCGUACCGGGGCAGCCCAGCGCCCUGGCCAGUCUCCUGAAUAUUUACGCAUUGCCGAAUCUCCUGUGGACAAACCACCAACAGGCCAGGACUGUCCCGUGGACAGACGGGGUGAGCCUCUUCCUGUGUCUGGAGAUUCUGAAAAGAUUUGAUCACCAGGCAGGAGAUUUUUCGGGACAUUACCAGACCACUCAUUUUCGUGGCUGCCUCUGGGUGAUGAUGGCCGCAUGAGCACCCGCCAUGGCCCACCGGAAGCGUGAGAACGUGGGGAGCGGCAUGUUGGACCAUAGGGUGAGACCGGGUCCUGUCCCCCACAGCCAGGAGCCCGAGAGUGAGGACAUGGAGCUGCCCUUGGAGGGCUAUGUGCCCGAGGGCCUGGAGCUGGCUGCCCUGCGGCCAGAGAGCCCCACGCCCGAGGAACAGGAGUGCCACAACCAUAGCCCCGAUGGGGACUCCAGUUCCGACUAUGUGAACAACACCUCCGAGGAGGAGGACUAUGACGAGGGCCUCCCUGAGGAGGAGGAGGGCAUCACCUACUACAUCCGCUACUGCCCCGAGGACGAUAGCUACCUGGAGGGCAUGGACUGCAAUGGGGAGGAGUACCUGGCUCACGGCGCGCACCCCGUGGACACUGACGAGUGCCAGGAGGCGGUGGAGGAGUGGACGGACUCCGCGGGCCCACACCCCCAUGGCCAUGAGGCUGAAGGCAGCCAGGACUACCCGGAUGGCCAACUGCCCAUCCCGGAGGAUGAGCCCUCUGUCCUUGAGGCCCACGACCAGGAAGAAGACGGUCACUACUGUCCCAGCAAAGAGGGCUACCAGGACUACUACCCCGAGGAGGCCAACGGGAACACGGGCGCCUCCCCCUACCGCCUGAGGCGCGGGGAUGGGGACUUGGAGGACCAGGAGGAGGACAUCGACCAGAUAGUGGCAGAGAUCAAGAUGAGUCUGAGCAUGACCAGCAUCACCAGUGCCAGUGAGGCCAGUCCCGAGCAUGGGCCUGAGCCGGGGCCUGGGGACUCUGCAGAGGCCUGCCCACCCAUCAAGGCCAGCUGCAGCCCCAGCAGGCACGAGGCGAGGCCCAAGUCACUGAACCUCCCUCCCGAGGCCAAGCACCCCGGAGACCCCCAGAGAGGCUUCAAGCCCAAGACCAGGACCCCAGAAGAGAGGCCGAAGUGGCUCCCAGAGCAGGUUUGCAAUGGUCUGGAGCAGCCAAGGAAGCAGCAGCGCUCUGAUCUCAAUGGACCUGUCGACAAUAACAACAUUCCAGAGACAAAGAAGGUGGCAUCAUUUCCAAGUUUUGUGGCUGUUCCAGGGCCCUGUGAACCAGAAGACCUCAUCGAUGGGAUCAUCUUUGCUGCCAAUUACCUGGGGUCCACCCAGCUGCUGUCAGAACGGAACCCUUCCAAAAACAUCAGAAUGAUGCAAGCACAGGAGGCCGUCAGCCGGGUCAAGAGGAUGCAGAAGGCUGCUAAGAUCAAGAAAAAAGCGAAUUCUGAGGGGGAUGCCCAGACACUGACGGAAGUGGACCUCUUCAUUUCCACCCAGAGGAUCAAGGUUUUAAAUGCAGACACGCAGGAAACCAUGAUGGACCACGCCUUGCGUACCAUCUCCUACAUCGCCGACAUUGGGAACAUUGUGGUGCUGAUGGCCAGACGCCGCAUGCCCCGGUCAGCCUCUCAGGACUGCAUCGAGACCACACCCGGGGCCCAGGAAGGCAAGAAGCAGUAUAAGAUGAUCUGCCAUGUGUUCGAAUCAGAGGAUGCCCAGCUCAUCGCCCAGUCCAUCGGCCAGGCCUUCAGCGUGGCCUACCAGGAGUUCCUCCGAGCCAAUGGCAUCAAUCCCGAAGACCUGAGCCAGAAGGAGUACAGCGACAUCAUCAGCACCCAGGAGAUGUACAACGACGACCUCAUCCACUUCUCCAACUCGGAGAACUGCAAGGAGCUGCAGCUGGAGAAGCACAAGGGCGAGAUCCUGGGCGUGGUGGUGGUGGAGUCAGGCUGGGGCUCCAUCCUGCCCACGGUGAUCCUGGCCAACAUGAUGAAUGGCGGCCCGGCCGCCCGCUCAGGGAAGCUGAGCAUCGGCGACCAGAUCAUGUCCAUCAAUGGCACCAGCCUGGUGGGGCUGCCGCUCGCCACCUGCCAAGGCAUCAUCAAGGGCCUGAAGAACCAGACACAGGUGAAGCUCAACAUCGUCAGCUGUCCCCCGGUCACCACGGUCCUCAUCAAGCGGCCAGACCUCAAGUACCAGCUGGGCUUCAGUGUGCAGAAUGGCAUUGUGAGUCCCCCCUCCUGCCCUGGGCCGCCACCACCGCUGCAGGGCCCAGGGAGGGAGAGCAGCUCCCGUCUGAUGGGGCAGGCUAUGCCUGGCAGCCUGGCAGGACCUGGCCCAUGGGUGCAGCUGCCCACAGCCAGGCCACCCGGGACAGGAACUUUCCACGGCUCUCGGGGAGUGGCUGUCGCCUGCUUUGGAGGGAGGGCAGCAGGCUUCGCCAGCACUGUGGCUUGGACACAAGCAGUCGUGGCAUCACUUACUGUGCUCAACAAACAGAUGCUCGCUCGUUCAUCCAUUCGUAUAGCUCAGCCACAGACCCAUGGGAAGCGGGGGCCAGCCGGCGCCCAGAACGAAGAGGGCCAGGGCAUCGCCAGUCGUGCUCAGGAUGGGACCCGCAGCCCCGAGGGCCCUGGUCUCCACUUUCAGGACUCUGGUCCCCCGCCUGAAGUCCCAGCUCCAGCUGGCCUGGGACAGCCACAGGGCACCUUGUAUCCCAAGAGCCAGUGGGCAGGGACAGGUGGUCCUCUCAGCCUCCACGUGGCAGUGCUUAGCAUGCAGGGCGAGCAGUCAGAUGAGAUCUGGGCCUGCUGCAGAAAUCUGGGUGCUGAUGUGGGGGGAGGGGGAGGCCCCUCCCAGUUGUCUGUGUCUGCACGUGUGUGCGCAUGCAGGUGUGUUUGGGAGAGCCCAGGACCCGAGACCUGCUUGCCUGAGGAGGGGCAGUGGCAGGGCAGCCGCACCCGGUGGGGAGGCCAGCAGCCCUGUGGCAGCCAACUCUGGCAGUGCAAGGGCCGCCGUCCCGAGGCCACAGCCCAGCGCAGUCCCGGGCAGGACGGGACAGCGUCACGCUCAGGGGAGGAGAGGUGGGAGGGGCAGUGGGAGGGCAGCGGCUCAGCCUCCUGUGUCUGUUGGCAGAUCCACAUGAAGACCAUGCCCGCCGCCAUGUUCAGGCUCCUCACGGGCCAGGAGACCCCACUGUACAUCUAGGCUCCCCCAGCCUGGCCACGCAGCCUGGACACCGGGCAGGGCCACCCGGGCCCGGAGGAGCUGGGAGCCGGGCCGCAGAUUUGACCCCGACGCCACAGCCCAGCCACGGACACUGGCUCCCCAAAGGGCGUGCCCUCACCGCCCACUUGGUUUCUUUUCUGUUUUCAUUUUGCCAAAAAGGGGUGUGUCUUUAUCAAAGGAGAGUCACAGAACAAAUGUUUGUAAAGCGUUCGAGUAUUUUGCCACGUUCUGGACUGUCUUCUCCCUGCACCAGCCAGGGUGUGUGUCGGUAGCCGUGCGUGGUGUGACCAGCCAGGGUGUGUCUCGGUAGCCGUGCGUGGUGUGACCAGCCAGGGUGUGUCUCGGUAGCCGUGCGUGGUGUAGAAUGUAUGUCUUUCCUCCCUGAAGCUGUGCGGAGUGAACUGGCGCCUCCAAGAGAGGCGGCUCCCAGGGCAGGGCAGCCAUCAACCCUGCCUCCCGCCCUCUUGGCCGGGAUGUCUGGGGUCCUGUGGGGCCCCCGCAGUGGUCCCAAACAGCUGCCUCUGCCACUGACGGCAGGGACACAGGCAGCCCGGCUCCCAGGACAUGACUUGUAAUGCAAGUUUGGGGACAUGUGAUGGAUUGUAAAUAAAGGAUGAUGGCCACAACACGAAAACUCCCUAUUUAUUUAGAUACUAUUACUGUUUGGACUUUUAUUUUGGCAGGCUGUUUUUCAGACGAGGGUUUUCCAGUGUGACCCAUGACCACACCUGCCCCUCCUGUACUCUCUGCCGGAAGCCCUCCCAGCCGGCUGCAUCCCCGGGCAGGGCUCCCACAGAGACAGGGAGGGCGCAGGCAUCUGCCCCCGCUUUAAAGUCGAUCUACACACACUCCUCCACGCACGUGCUCCUUCGAGGAAACAAAACCCAGGCUAGACAACGCGACCUUGGCCACACCGAAGGCAGCCAGCCGUGAGUGCAGACCCCUCGGCCAGCGUGGCACGGCAGCCCUGAGCAGUAGUGGUGUGUGUGUAGAUCAAGUCAGAUCUAGUCCAGCUCAGUUCAUUAGCGAUCCAUGUAAUCUGAUGUCAUCUUGUCCCGAAGUCUCUUUUUUUGGCCCAGGCCUUGAAGAAUACACUGUGACUUAAGAAGCCUUACCACGCAGUAACUACAGCUUUAGGAUGAUUGUAUUCGAGGAGUGCCGUGUGUUGCAUGCAGCUGCCCGUAGGAAGACUUUGCGCGUAUCACUAAUAAACCCGAAGUCGUGAUGAAAA